UCUAAACGUUUAUUUCUAAGUAAAUAGUAUUUAACACUAUCAAGCAUUAAACACACGUUAAGUCUAGUUCACUAGCGAACGUAGCGGGCUAGCGAUUGGUUGAGAAAUAGACCAAUAAAAUCCGAUAUAUAUAAGACAGCUGUAACAGCGAACAUUCAAAAUCUACUACACUACAACGAACGCGGUAUAAGCGGAUACUUAACUUAGUGCAAUGCAUGAAGCGAUGGCUAUUUCGUUACUUGAAGCGAUCAAAAAAGGUGAUGAUGAAACUGCAAAAAGGAUUUUAAGACACAGAUUAUAUUCCAACAUAGAGCGACAAGGGCCGCGAAAAGAUGGCACGCCAUUGUUCUGGUGCUGUUGCAGGGGAGAUUUUGAGCUGGCACGGCUGCUGUUGUUGCACGGUGCAGAAGUGAAUCGUCCGACGGCUUGGGGUGCGUCCCCCUUGCAUGCAGCCGCCGACCACAAUCAACCUGAUGUUAUAUUAUUGUUGAUCGAAUUUGGCGCCAACGUCAAUCAACAGACGAACAAUGGAGACACACCCUGCCACCUGGCGGCAUAUCGGGGAUACAAAGAAUGCGUGCGCAACUUGAUCCAAAAUGGCGCUGAUGUCAGUCUCCGAAAUAGCAGACGACACACCCCGAUCCAGGAGGCAUACAUCCGGGGACAUACCGAAAUAUACACGUAUCUACUCAACGUUCAAAAACUAGUCGUACAACCCAAGAAAACGCUAUCGACCGCACAGAAUGGAAUGGCUCUCUCGCACAAAUCAACCAGAGAUGCAUCCUUUCUAAGCGAGAGUAAAACUCAAUCCCCAAAUCUCACUACCGGAACAAGUCUUUCAUUACCCCGGCGUUCUGUUGACUAUUCUUAUCAGACUGACUACGACUACGACUCAAAUUACAAUACUCCUAUGUUGAAAGAUGGAUUUUCCAAACGCAAAGAAGUUGUUGGUGUUUUAAAGCUUAAUUUUAUUCCACACAACGACUUAUCAUCGACCGAUAUGAGUAGUUUUCGCUCAUCUGUAAGUCGGUCUAAUACGAGUUCAAUGAAUGACUUAUCUUCUGUUGAAUCAACAAGGCUUACAAGUGGUGCUGCGCCAAAGUCGCUUAUGUCUUUCAAGAACAUUUGAAGUGUGUGGAUGCGUGAUAAUUAUGUGAUAACUGUUUUACUUUGACAAUAUUACACCCCAUCUGGGCAUUUGUUUUUGGCAAUUGAAUACAAAGGUACUACGAAUUGUACUAGUCAGUUUACGACCAUAUAAUAACUGUAAGAGACAGUUUAACCUUAAAUAAGAAUAAUACUUAUUACAAACAUCGUUUUACCUUAAACAAGGAUAUUGUUUAUUACAAACAUUGUUUUACCUUAAAUGAGAAUGUUAUUUAUUACAAAUAACAUUUUACCUUAAAUAAGAAUGUUGUUUAUUUCAAACAUGAUUUUACCUUAAAUAAGAAUGUUGUUUAUUACAAACAUGAUUUUACCUUAAAUAAGAAUGUUGUUUAUUACAAACAUGGUUUUACCGUAAAUAAGAAUGUUGUUUAUUACAAAAUGACAUUCCUAGCACUUUCUUUUGUAUACCAUUUCGUCUGUUUUCUUCCUAAUGCUGUAAUUUAAAUUUCAACAUAUCAAAACAUUACAACAAUACAAUAAUGUUAUGACACGUCUAUUUUUAAUUCUAGUCUCAGCCUGGUGCAACUUCCUACUCAUAUGUUUUUAUUCUCAAAGAAUUUUGUACAUGUAAUAAGGUAUUUGACCUACAAACAUGUGUAAUUUGGAUGUCUAGUUAUACAUAGGCGGCUUUGUUUUUUACUUCAUUUUAGCAUGGUGAAAUAUAAUUGUUGUCGUUAAAAGGUUAUAAUUUUCGAAAGAUAUGCUUUUUGCAACAGAAAUUAUUUGAAUUUCAAAAUAUGUGCUUUACAUUAGGAGUUAUUCCAUUUUCAAAGACCAGUAGUUUUAGUUUUUAAAGCUAUUCUUUCUAACAUAAAUUAUUUGAUUUUCAAAAUAUAUGCUUAGCAACAGAAAUUACUUGAUUUUCGAAAUAUAUGCUUUGCAGUAAGAUUUUUGUUAACAGCAACUGUCACAUACUCAUUUCGAAAGAAUUUUGUAAACUUAAGCCUUAAAUAACUCAAUUUUCAAUAGUGCUGCUAACGCUUUGAGGCAAAAUAGAGCAUUUUUGUGGGCACAUGUUUAAUUAUUUUUUAACAAAAGAGCUCCUAUUUGAAUUGUCGAAGAUGUAUCAUUUUAACAAGCAUUUUUUCACAUUUCUCAUGAAAUUAUUUGUUUGCAAACAUUCGCAUUUCCAAAUCACAUCUAUGAAAAUAUGCUAUGUCAGAUGUUAUUGAGUUAUUAUAUCAUAAUAGAAUUGUAAUACUUAAUUUAAGAACAUGGUUUACGUAUAAAGUAAUUGCAUCAUACGAUACGUUUAAUUCUUAACUUAAAAACAUGGCUUAAGCUUAACUUAACUUUUAACUUAAUAGGAAAUGGCUUAAUGUGCUUUAUGACAAGACACAAGAUUUGGUGUUGUUUCGAUAGGUAAAUACUUCUCGGUUGAAGCAGGGGAGCUGUCAAUUAAAUGAUAAUAUAAACAAUAACUGUCGCCAAGUAUAAAUUUCGAAUAGCUGAUACGGACCAACUUCGAUUUACUUCCUACAACAAGUUCACAUAUAUAAAUUGUAUGUCAAUAUGAUACAGGCAUUUAUGGCUACAUUCAGAGGCUAAAGGGCAAAUCGGUGAAUUCAUAAUUAAAAUGAAGGCUUAAUUGAUUUCCUACUGGCAAAUGAAUAUUUAGUCAUUCAAGGAAGUGACUGUUUCAAUGUAAAUUGUUUUAAUACUUUGAUACAAUUGUUGGCCGUUGUUUAGAAAUUACACAUGGUAAUAAUUUGGCAAGCCCCUUGGACAUAAUGUCUAAAUCAUUUUAAAAACACGCGCUAAUUUGCAUUUUAAACUCAAUGAUAAAAAUGUCAUAUUUAAACAAGCACUGCAGGGCUGGUAUUCAGUAUUGGUCUUAACUGGAUCUAAGAACGAUGUAGCUAAUCGGAUUACUUGUGAUUAAUAACUGACUAAUAGAUCGAAUGAAGUCAAUGAUGUAUGACCAUAAUAUUUACUUAAGUUGUAUGUUGAAUACCACCCCUUUUAAUUAAUAAUAUGAAUGGUUAUAUUCUUGAAGUGUGUUGUUUAAAUAAAACCUAGUCAUCUUAUGCAUAAUGUUGAUGUAUUGAUGUAUAUCAAUUCGGGUACGAUUUACAAUAUACAUGCUCUGACUACAUGGCCAGUAUUUGUAGUGAUAAACCUAGUUUUGUUUGAUAUAUGAAACAUUAUGUUUAUGCAUUUCAGUCAUUUACUGUUUCAUUCGGAACUCCUCGGCCAUUUUCCAUCGAAAACGACAUUGGAUGUUCUAUGGACGGUUUACAAUGUCAGAAUGUUUACAUUUAACUACACUGCAAGUAUAUCGCGUAGUAAUUUCAAUUUUGCAGUUAAACUUAACGACUUUACUUCGAGGAAACUUAAGUAUUUAUGCAAUAAAACACUUCACUGGCAAUCAAUUUAAACUUAGAUAUACAACAUACAGGUGAAACCAAUUAGUCUAUACCAUUAUUUAAAAUUUAACGAACUAUUAUUUAAAAUUUUACAAACUACUUCUACUGAUGUACCGGCAUACAUCUGAGGUUGAUGAAAAAUGGCCGAGGAGCUCCGAAUGUCACUGCUGUGAUACAAAAAUGUUGCAUAACACUUUGCUAAUAAUAUUUUCGUUAACUUUGUACAUGCAUUCAUAAUCAUGUUUAUUUAUUUGUACAGUUCUUAAGUGUAAUUCUUAAACUACGAAUUUAAUAAUACAUUGUUUUCAUUAGAGGGAUGAUUUAUAUUUUACGAGAUUUGAGAUACUAUGUAUCUUGUAAAUUCCAUAGGUGGCAGUGUCAAUCAAAUAUGGUAAAACACUAUGUUUAUCUAUACGUAAUUGCAUAUCUGUUAAAGUUUGGUACCGAUACUGGCGCCUAUGGUUUAAAGUUUAAAAGUGGUAUCUUAUAUAUUAUUAAUAAAUGUAUAUGAUUAUCGAUACUGGCGCCUAUGGUUUAUAAGUGGUACCUUAUAUAGUACUAGUAAAUGUAUAUGAUUAUCGAUACUGGCGCCUAUGGUUUAUAAGUGGUACCUUAUAUAGUACUAGUAAAAGUAUAUGAUUAUCGAUACUGGCGCCUGUGGUUUAUAAGUGGUACCUUAUAUAGUACUAGUAAAUGUGUAUGAUUAUCGAUACUGGCGCCUGUGGUUUAUAAGUGGUACCUUAUAUAGUACUAGUAAAUGUAUAUGAUUAUCGAUACUGGCGCCUGUGGUUUAUAAGUGGUACCUUAUAUAGUACUAGUAAAUGUAUAUGAUUAUCGAUACUGGCGCCUGUGGUUUAUAAGUGGUACCUUAUAUAGUACUAGUAAAUGUAUAUGAUUAUCGAUACUGGCGCCUGUGGUUUAUAAGUGGUACCUUAUAUAGUACUAGUAAAUGUAUAUGAUUAUCGAUACUGGCGCCUGUGGUUUAUAAGUGGUACCUUAUAUAGUACUAGUAAAUGUAUAUGAUUAUCAAUCAUGAUGUUACGGUAUCAGUUAUUAUUGUAUUGAUUAUCAAUUUCAAUCUCUGUGAUUUUUGUGUCCAUUUUUGCAAUGGUAUAUUUUGUCCCAAACAAUAUGUUAUCAUAUUAAACCCUUAAAUGUA